GCUCUUAACUAUUUUAUCGAGAUUAGGUGACUGCUUCGCCAACACAAAUUCCCCCUGCCCUCUUCAGCUUCAGGCAACACAAUCUGCAUUUGCUGAGGCCCAUGUUUUCCAUUUCACGCAGGGCAGGCCCAGGAAGAGAAGCCGACAGGUACCAGCGUUGCAGCCGGCAGCCUGGGCACAACUUGUACCAAGGCUGCAAGACUCCCCACGUCAGCCAAAGCAGGCUUAGCCUUUCUGCAUCGCCCAGGAAGUUGUCCAAGGUCUUGGCCACCCAGCCUCCCCCCCCCUCUGGAACUGGAGGGCUCCUUUCCUUCUCUGAGGACCACUAACAGGAUUGACCCAGAUUGUGCGGAUUACAAGUUUGGUUCCCGGAGUGUUUUCCCAAGAGCGGGCAGCAGCUGGAGCGACACACAGCUUCAGAGCCGUGGAAUGGCUUGUGAGCACUGUUUGGCUGCCUCCGUGAAAUCUACCUUCAGCCUGCUGGCCCCCAUCCGCGUCAGAGACGUGCGAAACAGAAGCUACUUGGAAGGCAGCCUUCUUGCUAGUGGUGCCCUCCUGGGAGCAGAAGAGCUGAACCGGUAUUUUCCUGAUCGCCGCAUUGGCAUCUUCGUAGCCACCUGGAACAUGCAGGGCCAGAAGGAGCUUCCUGAGAUGCUGGAUGACUUCCUGUUGCCAUCUGAGCCUGAUUAUGCCCAGGACGUUUAUGCCAAGAGUGAGGUAGGGCGAGGAGGGAGAUGGAAUGUGAGGGGCCACCUUGGCGAGCUUCUCUCUCCACUAAACACCCCCCCAGCCUCAGCCCCAGUCAGACACCAAAAGAUGGCAUGCCGCUAGAAUCUUGGGCGAGAAGGCUUCAGACCCCCCGCCCGUCUGCGUUGAGGGAAGAGCGCUUGACUCGCCUGUCUUUCAGGAGGCUGUGUGUGCUUGAGGGGGAGGGGAGGGGGGCAGGCCACCCCCAAACUGCUACCUAGAGCACCGUCUGGCCCAAGAGGUUGCCUGCGCUGGCCUAGACUCUUGGUAUAAAGCCAAAGGUAGGUCUGCCUGGCCAAAAAAUGAGGUAAAUGAUACAAGGAUGACUUUGUGGGCUUACUUUUUC